AUGGGUAUACCGUACUUUAAUAAGUUUAUUUUUAAACAUUAUUCAACAUCACUUUUUACUCCGAUUACAUUAAAAACAACUGACAAUGUAAUCAUAGAUGGUAACAGUUUAUGUUACGAUAUUUUGUCAAAAGUCCGUAAAUGUUCUCCAUUUGCGUACAAUAAAUAUUAUAAGCAAAUUUUUAAAUACUUGAAAACAUUCAAGGAUAAAUGCCAAAAUGUUGGCGUUGUAUUCGAUGGAGUAUACAGAAAAGAAUUUAAUACAAACCAAGCUUAUUCUGAUAAUGAUACACAACAAAUGCCACUAUUACUUCAACAUACUAUGAUUAAUGUAUUAGAAAAACUAGAGAUACGAUAUAGAUCAGCUGCAAAAGAAGCCGAUCCACUUUGCGUACACUUAGCCAAUAAAUUAAAUGCAUAUGUUAUUGGAUUUGAUAGUGAUUAUUACUGUUAUCAUAUAGGUAAAGGAUACAUACCAUUAAAAUACUUAGAUUUUACGACAUUAUCUGGUCAACUUUAUUGUUACAAAACAUUACUAAAUGUUUAUAAGGGUCUAACUAUGAGAUGUUUAGCGUUACUUCCAGUUAUUAUGUGUUCAGUCGGUUAUGAUAUAGAUAAUCAACAAGCAUUAGGAUUAUAUUUAAAAGACAACGUACAUAUAGAGAAAAAAACAAAGAAAAAGUAUAAUGAAUGGUUAACAGGAAUAAACGAUGGCGAUUUAAAAGAGAUAGAAAUCUUGACCAAUAUUUGGUAUCUACUCCAUUGGUUAAAAACUAUUCCAAAUCAAAGUGAUUGUGAUUCAACAACAAUCAUAAAUAAGUUCAUCAUUAAUAAUCCGUCACUAUUCAAUUUAUUUUGGCAUAAACAAACGAUUGACAACACAAUUAAACAAAAUAAAAUUGUAAACUUAGCUAACAUGUUUCUUAAUCCAUCAGAUAUUAAGAAUUAUGGAACAAAAUAUGAAAAUCAAAUUCCAUCGUAUAUAAUGAAACUAUUUUUACAUGGUCGUCUAGAUUCAUCAGUUAUACAACUACUCAUGUACCGACACUUCACAUGUCAAUACAAUCAGAAUAAAGAACAUCAACAUAUACUGUUACCAUUAUUUUCAAUGUUAUUGAACUAUUUGCAUCAACGACCACGCAUAGAUUGUGUUCAAUUUAUUUAUACGGAUGUUAUCAAUAACGUGAAAAUGAAUUAUGAAAUGGAAAACUGUGGAGAAGAUCUAUUUGAAAAAAGAAAGAAAAAAUCUUCCGAAAAGUUACUUUACGUUUAUCGAUGUCUGAUUUCUCCUGAUGAUAACAGAGAAGAUAUUAAAAACAAAUUAUUGAAUAAUAAUUUUAUACAUGACGAUCAUCGUCUUUGGUUAUUACUUAUGCGUUAUUGGUACAAAACGAAAACAGAAACAAAAAUAAGCAAUCAUAUUUAUUUGUUUGGCUUUAUUCUAUCAUAUUUAACACUGAAUUUCCUUGAUACAUUUGAUAAUGAUGACGUUAAGGAAGAUUUAAUGAUUAAAGAACCACUACUUCAAUAUUCAAUUAAUUCGUUUCGUAAAUUAUCAGAGUCCAAAUGGAGACAAAUUCAAUGUAAAAUUCCAGAUAUUGAUUGGAUUAAAAAUGAGGAAUUUAACAAUCAAAUUUAUUAUGUUGAGCAAAUAUAUAAAAAUAUCUUGUUAGUACGUCAAGUACAUCUCCAUUGUAAAUCAAAAGAAUUUAAACUUGUACCAGCAAAUUUUUUAUCAAAUAUUAUAUUUGCAUUUCAUGCCGAUACAAACAAAAAUGUCAAACAGAUAUGGAAAGAAAUGGCUAAUAUAUUAAAUAACAACCCUUAUCUUAUGCAAUUAACAAAAGAAAUGUAUCAAUUUAUAACUGUUUAA